AUGUUUUUUUAUUUUUGUGGGUCGUUUAAAAAAUUUAAAAAAGUUGUUAUAACUGCCUUUUUUAUAAGCAUGCAUUUUAUCUUUUUGAAUGUUUUACUUAUAAAUAUUAAAAACGUGUCUAAAGAUGGGAAAUCUACACACAGACCAUGA